AUGACACCGAGCAAACUGUCCGCGGAAAAAGUCAAAGUGAUCCGGGACAACCAGUACUUGGCGAUUAAUGCAUUUCUCGACUUCAUGCUCGCAAUGUGCUGCAUUAAGCCGAAUGAGACGGCUAAAAUCAAUGAAAUUCUGCGAUCAACAAAUCUUGAAAAAAUACUUCGAGACACGAUUCGCGGAGCUGAUGCGGCGAUCCAAAGCAAAAAAAUCGGCGCAACAAAGAAACUCAUCAACGGGUUGCGAUUGGUACACGCGCAAUUGAAAACGAAGCCAAGCGAUCUAGAUAUAGCCUGCCUUGAUUCUGUCGCGGAUGCUCUCGGAAAAGCGGGAAUUAUCGUCCAUGGAAGAAAAUUCAACACGAGAAGCUAUUCGACAUUCAGAAAUCUGAUUGAGAAAGUCAAGAAAAGACACGGCCCUGAUUACAGCAAAAGUUUGGGAGCAUUCCUUACAACUAUGCGGAAAACGUACUCCGGUAAAACGAAACAAAUUGUCGACAUUGGAGCAGCAGCGACAAUAAGCGCAGUCUCCUCCACGGUAACUCCGGCCGAAGACAAACCAAGCCCAGCCGACAUAAGACGAAACAAACGUGCGGCUAUACCAGUUGUUGAUCUAACGGAAGAUAAUACCACCCAAACUCAACAGCCAACAACGAGCCUGACUACAAGUCACCCUGCAGUUCAUUUGCACCAAAUGGCUCAGUUUGAUUUCCAGAUGCCAACGAAUUCCAGAGUACCGUCACUUCAACCUCUUGAUUUGACAAUAAGGUCAAAAAAAAGGGAAAGAGUGGCAUCAACGGCAUCACAAUCGGCUAAUCCAUCAAAAAUGCCGAAAAGAUCCAGCACAGAGACGCGAAACGAUUUUAAUCAAACAAGGCAACAAGAAGACCUUGACGAUUUGCCGAUCGAAGCGUACAUCGGCUUCGCCAAUAACGCGGAAUACGAUAGUGACGGUGAAAGUCAAGUACCUCAAGUGGAUAGCGACGACGACGCACUUAUUAUCGACGAAUCGGUCACGUACCCCCUUCAGGCGAAUACUCAAGACGACGGAAACGGCCAAAACAGUGGCAAUACCCAAGUCGAAAAUCAAAACAACGCCACCGGAACAACUAGAAAUACCGAACAAGCCAACGAAAAUGCGAACACCAACGACAUAGGAAACAAUUUAUCGGAUCACCACCAGAACCAAGAAGGACAAUCGGCACCGAACGACGAACAACCACCAGCGAACGACGAACAACCACCAGCGAACAUUGACCAACCACCAGCUGACGUUGAACAACCACCAGCUAACGUUGAACAACCACCAGCUGACAUUGAACAACCACCAGCGAACAUCGACCAACCAGCAGCAGACAACGAAAACCUGCCACCAAGCGAAAACCAAAAUGAGCAGCAACCACCCAACGACGAGCAAGAAAAUCCCCCGUUUGACGGUAUAGCCGAGGGUGUUAAUCUACAAGAAGACGGAGUAGACUUAAAUGCUGCAAUGAUAGCAUCAAGCGAUUCAAGCGGACCAAGCGACUCAAGUGGAUCGAGCAUGAAUAGCUCAGAAAACGAUGCGAUUCGCUAUGGAACCACGAUAAACUCAGGAAGAAGAUUGCCUGAAAGAACAAGAGACCGACCGACGACCGAUAAAUACAGAGGGUUUCAACGCGUUAUUGAACCAGGACCAGCAUCGAUCAUGAAUAUUUCGGACAACCCAAUUACAAGUUUGAACGUUCCUUUCAAAAACGGGCGACUUGGAACUGUUAUAAAAGCCUGUCAACGUCUCUACGAGAAGGAUCAUAUGGUACCUACAGCUACAACAGUAGCUACGAAAUACCUCCACGGAAUAUUUUACGACAUUGGACAGCUAGUUGAAGCGGCAGACAAGCAUACGAUCAACGGUGUUCGCGGACCACUUACGCAAGAUAUCGAAUCGGCCAUCCGCGUGUUCUACUCUUCAAUAAGAGAAAUCUCGGACGGAAUUAAGAAUCUACUGAAACAAGAAGAUGUCACGUUUGAACAUUUCGCCCAAGCCCUUGAAACAUAUCUUCGAGCAAAUCCAAGAGAAGCUGACGCGCUUAAACAACCAAUGACGGUGAAAGGAGUUGCUCCAGCACUAUGGGAAAAAAAUGCACUUCACCACGAAAUCGACUCGGCAUGGGAGAGAGAGCAGCUGGACUUCGCAGUUAUAAUCUCCAAUAUCGAAAGCGAAGACGAAGAUCCUAAAAAGGAUUAUCAAAAUGCGAAAAAUAUUGUGAUGUUUGUCUAUUACCUAAACAAACACACAAGAUACGACGCGGAAAUUGCUCAAUUCUUAUGGAAUAGAUUCGUCCCGGUUUUAUACUGCGAGUCGAACGCAAUGUUAGGACGAGCUUCUUACCAAAACACUCAUUGUAUGUCUGCCAAAUGUCAAACAUCGGGAAAAUGCCACUUCGCAAAUAAUGCAAUCAGUUUCGGCAUAAUUGGAAGAAUCGGAGCAUUCAAAGCGAUGGCCGAACGAUUGUACAGAAAUGCACUUCACGGAAAUCAUCGAUAUGCUUUCGAACAUGCCUCAACGCGAUGCUGGCGAAGACAAGGAAAUGUUUAA